CUUCUUUUCAUUGCACUUUCGCUUAAAGGUGGUUUAUUCAUUUUGAGCCAUUUUAUGUUGCAUAUUUUCUGUUGAAUUAAUUUGAAGAUUAUGGAGAAGAUAGAGAAGGGAAACAAUGAUGCCCCUAUUGGUCAAUCUCCGCUGCCGAUGCUGCAUAGAUCGAGGGAUGAAAAUGAUGUGGUGGCAGUGUGGACGGCGGAGCCGGUAGCGCGAUUGGUGCCGAUGGCUCUAUGUGUGGCGGCCCUCGUGGUCAUGCUAAAAAACUCUGAGACUAAUGACUUUGGCUCUCUGUCUUACUCCGACCUUAGAGCUUUUAGGUAUUUAGUGCACGCCAAUGGAAUUUGUGCGGGUUAUUCUCUUCUUUCAGCUAUUAUCGCAGCCAUGCCUCGCCCCUUCACCAUGUCUCAAGCCUGGACUAUCUUCUUCCUUGACCUGGUUCUGACUUACUUGAUUCUGGCUGCCGGAGCGGUGGCAGCCGAGGUGCUGUACCUGGAAGAAAAGGGAGAUUUAGCCAUCACCCGGAGCGCUGCUUGCGGCACAUUCGCUGGAUUCUGCCACAAAGCCACCGUAUCUGUAAUCGUCACAUUUGUUGCAGUGCCUUGUUAUGCAGUGCUUUCACUGAUCUCCUGUUACAAACUCUUCAGCAAAUAUGAUGCUCCCAUCACCUAUCCAACCACCAAAGCUAUUGAAAUUCCUCCUGUUUUCCACGGCUGAUCGUCUCAUCAUCAUCUUCAUCAAUCCCCUUAGUUUCAUGCACUGACCAUAAAAUAUUAUAUAUACAAUAAUAAUAGCCAAGAUGUGAACUUUGCAAUGUGUUCAAUUUAUUCCCAUUGAAUUUUGUUUAA